UUCCUCCGGCGCUUUCUUCAUCGCCGAUCACGCUUCCUGUCGGCAUCUCCUUUCAUGUCUAAACCUGCAUACCACGCCAACGGUUUGUUCUCCUCGUCUGAUCACGUGGCCGUUGGGAUUCGAGCCGCGGCACCUCAUAAGCACGCUCGGUGGCGCCGAUCUGCUCGUGCCGACAAUAGCCGCCGUCUCUUUAUCGGCUCAGUCAUAGUGGUGCUCUCCCUCGUGCUGCUUGUAACUGUCUUAGUGUAUUGUUACAUCUCCGGUGUUAAUAAUGGUAAAGAAUUAAGUAGUCAUCACUGGGAGGAUGAUGAUUCAAACAAUGACCGAGAUUUUCUUCUGAAUGUGACACGGACAGAAACUAAUAAGGUUCAGUUUGGCCUUGGUUCUGGAACUCAUGGUCGGGAUUCAAGGUAUUGGGAUAAGGAUGAUAGGAGAAGGGAUGAAGAUUACAAUGAGGAUGUAGUGAAUGUUAGGAAUAAGAACGAGGAGACUUUUCAUGUUGGGGGUUCAGAUGGGAGAGGUGUUGGGUUAUACAAUGAAGCUGGGCGCCGUGAAAUUGAAAAGUAUGAAGCUGAAUAUGUGGCAUCUUUGAAGAAUGUGAGACAAUCUCAGAAGGAAAAUGGCAAUGAGAAUCAGUUGUCUGACAAAAAGGGUUUUGGAAUAAAUGAUGAAGAGAAUGACAUUGGUGAUCAGGAUGGUGAUGGUAUUGAUGCUGAAGAUUUGCAAAUGGAAGAAUAUGAUGACUCUGGGCAUGGAAAGGGCCACUUGGAUGAGGCAAAAUCUCAUGACACAGAUGGUAAAGAGUCUUCUAGUUUCUUUUACUCUAGAACCGAGGAUCAGAAAGCCAUUAAGGAAGCUGAGGGAGCCUCUGAUUCAUUGGGAGAGGCCUCAUCUUUCAAUUCCAGAGAUGUUGAUGUUGUUGCAGACUCUACGAAACAUUCAAGAAGCUCAUCCUCCAGUUCAAGAAGAAAAAGGAGGAGACGCAAAUUUUCUGGUUCCUCCUGUGAGAUGAAGUUGUUAAAUUCUACUGCACAGCUUGUAGAGCCUUUAGAAAGUCGAAAGUUUGCAAGAUUUUCCUUGCACUACACAGAUAUGGAGGAGAAACCUGAAGGAGAAGAACCAUGGGAGCCUAGAUUUGCUGGCCAUCAGAGUUUACAAGCAAGAGAGGAAUCUUUUUUGGCACAUGACCAAAACGUAAACUGUGGAUUUGUUAAAGGUCCUAAAGGAUCCUCUAGCACUGGGUUUGACUUGGCAGAAGAUGAUGUGAAUUAUAUGAGUAGGUGUCACAUUGCUGUGAUCUCAUGCAUUUUUGGGAAUUCAGAUCGUUUGAGGGUUCCUGGCGGUAAAACGGUAUGGGAUAAUCUUUUUUAUGAGAACAAAAAACUAAUUAUUAGUUAUUUUUUGAGAGACAUGGUGCGGGCUGGGCUUCCACCAUGCCUUCCCACCAUGCCUGUCACCUACUUGCUGAAAGCACAAGUGGAAUGGCUGAUCAUUCCUUCUAUGAAGUUUCUAAGACCUCACUAAUCAGCCUUCAUUAUCAAAGUAGGCAAGCUUCUCAUUUGUUGAGACAAUUGCAUUCAGUCACAUUUUACCAUUAUGGGCCUGACAAGUUCAAGAGUAUGAUAUUGGAUGUUAGUGCAAUUUUUGUUUCACUUCAUAAUACUAUUUAUUUCACAGAGGACUCAAUGAAUGAAUACCUGUCAGAGAGGCAUGAUGAUUUGUCACCCUCUUUAUGAUUCUUCAUUUUCAGGGUGCAAACUUUAAUGCUUUACCUUAGAGCUUAGCCGUUGUACAUGUGAUAUUUAUUGUGUGUCUAAUAGUGGAGCUAAUAAGUGAAAUAGCUUAAAAUAGUCUACUAACGUGUGGCAUUUUAGAUGCCAAUUCUUUUUUCUUUCUCUCCUUUUUUUUUAUGCUAUAUAAUUUUAAAUUGUUCCUGAAAAAUGUUUAAGACUUGAAAUUGCAAAUGGUAGCUAAUUCUUAAUUUUUUCUUAUUUUAGGUUACUCGUUUAUCGAAGAAAAAUGUUUGCUUUGUCAUGUUCAUUGAUGAGAUGACUUUGCAAACUCUUUCUUCUGAAGGUCAAUUGCCCGAUAGAUCUGGUUUUAUUGGUCUGUGGAAGAUAGUAGUUGUUAAAAAUCUUCCAUAUACUGAUAUGCGGAGAGUGGGCAAAAUACCAAAAUUGUUACCACAUCGACUUUUUCCUUCUGCCAGGUGCAAAUUAGAAUAACCAAAAGAUACUAUAAGAUAACUGUUUAUUUUAAAGUGUUGCUAUUUCACUUAUUAAGUUUUAUCAAUUCCUUUUAUUCUAUGUAAUGGUUGAUGUUGUUCUUUGGUCUCUACAACUAAUCUGCUGACUUAAAAGAGGUGUCAAACUCUUUUUUAGGGUUUCCAUAUGGUCCAUGAACACAUAUACAGCUUGCUUCAGUGGUUGUUGGUGCAUACCCACUAGCUAGUAUAUGCUUAGGCUCUGUCAGAUUU